AUGGCGUCGCCGCCGCCCGUAGAAGACCAGGCUCGCCUGCUUGAAGAUGCCCUCGCUGUGGUUCGGCAGCAGACAAUGCUCAUGCGACGCUGCCUGGAGACGCCCGGCAAGUUGAUGGAUGCGCUCAAGUGCAGUUCGACCCUCGUCUCUGAACUGCGCACAAGCAGCCUCGGCCCCAAGCAGUACUAUGAGCUCUACAUGGCCGUCUUCGAUGCCCUGCGCCAUCUGGCCGUCUACCUCCGCGAGAACCACCCGGUAAACCACCUCGCCGACCUGUACGAGCUCGUCCAGUAUGCCGGGAAUAUCAUUCCUCGCCUGUACCUCAUGUGCACCGUCGGCACCGUCUACAUGGCCAUUGAGGAUGCGCCCGUCAAGGAGAUCAUGAAGGACAUGAUGGAAAUGAGUCGCGGAGUCCAGCACCCCAUUCGCGGCCUGUUUCUGCGCUACUAUCUCGCCGGCCAGGCGCGUGACCACCUCCCAGAGGGCGACGGCGAGGGGCCCGAGGGCAAUCUGCAGGACUCGAUCAGCUUCAUUCUGACCAAUUUCGUGGAGAUGAACAAGCUCUGGGUGCGCCUGCAACACCAGGGCCAUUCGAGGGAGCGCGAGCAACGGACAAAGGAGCGACAGGAGCUGCAGCUUUUGGUGGGAAGCAACUUGGUCCGGCUCAGCCAGCUCGUGGACUUGGAAAACUACAAGAAGAUUCUCAACCCUCUACUGGAGCAGAUCGUGCAAUGUCGGGAUGUUUUGGCGCAAGAAUAUCUGCUUGAGGUCGUGACCCAGGUCUUCCCCGACGAGUUCCACCUACACACCCUCGAUCAAUUCCUCUCCGCCGUUGCACGCCUGAACCCGCACGUAAACGUUAAAGCGAUUGUGGUUGGCUUGAUGGACCGCUUAUCUAUGUAUGCGCAGAGGGAGUCGGAGUCGGAGAGUCCGGAGCAACGCAAGAAGACCGAGGAGGAGUCAAUAGCAAAGCUUCUCGAGCAGAUGCGGAUAGCGAAGGAGAAGAAAGAGACCGAGCCCGAACCUGCGCCAGCGCCAGCGCAACAAAAUGGCGACGCAUCCGAAGCACAACCAGAUGGGGAAGAGGCCCAAACCGAGGCAUCGUCAGUAACAGCAGUGUCGGUUGCAGAUCAUGAAGCGGCCGAGACGGAAGGCGUGGUGGAGAAGAAACGCGGCAUACCGAGCAAUGUCAAGCUGUUCGAGAUUUUCCAUGAGCAGGUCCAGACGCUGGUCAAGAUGCAAAGACUACCCAUUCAGGAUACGAUUGGGUUACUUGUAUCACUUGCGAACCUCGCAUUAAACAUCUACCCCGAACGCCUCGACUACAUCGACCAGGUCCUCACAUUUGCCAACCAGAAGGUUGGUGAAUACCAGAACAGCGCCGACCUACACUCCCAAGCCACUCAGAGUCAGAUCCUCAGCCUCCUUCUUGCGCCUAUCAAGACCUACGUGUCUCUCUUCACCGCACUCGCAUUACCCAACUACAUCCCACUCUUGCAUUCGCAACCGUACCCAACUCGGCGAGCAGUAGCUGGCGAGGUUGCAAGAAGCCUCAUGCGCAACCAGACCUACAUCACCUCGGUAGAGAACCUAGAGAGUUCAUUAGAGAUCCUCAAGGUGCUCAUUCGGGAAGGCAUCCAGCAAGCCACCGGAUAUCCAGGCGGACCAAUUCAAAGACGAGCGCAGGAGACAGACGAGACGAUAGAAGAGCAAGGCUGGCUUGCACGGAUAGUACAUUUGAUCCGUGGCGAGGACAAUGACACGCAGUUCAAGCUUCUACAAACAGCGCGCAAGGCCUUCGCUGAUGGUAAUGAGCGCGUCAAGUACACCACUCCUGCGAUCAUAACAGCAUCCCUCAAACUCGCCCGACAAUACAAGAAGCGCGAGCACUUUGACGACAACUGGCAAUCACAAUCGUCCGCACUCUACAAGUUCAUGCACAACACUCUCUCAACACUCUACACCCGCGUCAACGGAUCAGCUGAUCUCUCGCUCCGCCUCUUCAUUGCAUGCGGUCAAGUUGCAGAUCAGAACAACUUCGAAGAGGUCGCAUACGAGUACUUUGCGCAAGCUUUCACGAUAUAUGAGGAGGCCAUCAGUGAUUCGAGGGCGCAAUUCCAGGCUGUCUGCGUCAUUGCGAGCGCACUGCACACGACAAGGAAUUUCGGCAAGGAAAAUUAUGAUACACUGAUCACGAAGUGUGCGCUGCACGGGAGCAAGUUGCUCAAGAAGCCAGAUCAGUGUCGCGCGGUCUACCUCGCGAGUCAUCUUUGGUGGGCGACCGAGAUCAGAGCGUUGGGAGAGGAGGAUCCGAAGACUCUGUACCGCGAUGGCAAGCGCGUACUCGAAUGCUUACAACGCGCGCUCCGCGUUGCCGACGCAUGCAUGGAUGCCGCAGUAUCUGUGGAACUCUUCGUCGAGAUUCUCAACCGAUACGUCUACUACUUCGACCAGGAGAACGAUGCCGUCACAACCAAAUACCUCAACGGCCUCAUCGAGCUCAUCCACUCGAACCUCCAAUCCAACGAAAACGCAUCCAGUCUCGAAAAUCCCAGGAAGCACUUCCAGCGUACUCUAGAUUACAUAUCGAGCAGAGAGUACGAAGGUGUUGUGACUGCUGCGAAAUGAGAGAGGAGCAAAAGUGUGCGGAGAUCAUUAUUUAAUUCCGAGAUAUUGGACAGAAUCAGCUCCUUGUACGAUGACUUCGCUGGGGUGAGGGGCAGACUCGGCGUGCGCUUUUAGUAUAUAGCAUUUUGGGAGCAAUAUGAUAAGUGUGAAAGC